GUUCUCUACUGGUGCGUGCGAGCCAACCUAUGGUGGGUUGCGGGUCCAAGCGUCGACGCGAACACAGGGACGAGCACUACGUACAAGCGUUAUGUAUGGAGGGGUAUAAAGCGCACUAUGAGGAUUUGCCCAUGGAAGCACGCGACGUGUCUGAGCCAGAUAGUUAUUCGUAUGGUAUGUCGGAUAGUAUUGGUGGGGGUAUAUCCAAUAGCCUGGGAAGCACCGCGACUGGGUUCAUGGCGGCCGCUGCGAGCUCGUUCUCAUUGGCGUUGAGUAACUUUGCGUCGCCCUCUAAUGGUGGCCCGGGACCAAGGCUGGAUUCUCCAACGGGCUCAGAUUUCCUACACACAUCGCAAAACAGGACCGGAACACAUCCGGCCGCGGCAGUGCGGUACUAUAUCCUGGACACUCGGUCCGCCAAAGACGCGAAGAAUGCCUCUAUAGUAACCGGCGGGGGUGUAGGUGACGAGAGUUGGUAUGUAGGAUCAGCGCUGGUGCAUCUGAACUUGGGCACCUCAGCAGAGUUACUGGAGAGCUACGAGAAGCUCAGGGCCGUGUGCAGCGACGGAUCGCAGAGCACAUCCAAUUGGCUGUACAAGCUGGAGGCCAGUGGGUGGAUGCGGCAUGUGCAGAACGCACUGCAAAGCGCUGUGUUUGUGGUGAAGAAGGUGGAGGUGGAGGGCAGGACGUGCAUGCUGCAAGACGACAAUGGGUGGGGGAGUGUGGGCGUGGUAUCGUCACUGGUGCAGGUAAUGUUAGACCCAUAUUACCGAACGAUCCAAGGCCUCCGCUUACUCAUACAGAAAGAAUGGAUUUCGUUUGGGUAUCCGUUCUGCACUAUACGCAAGAGUCACGGCACACCCAGGCGGCAGGGUGAUGGGCCGCAAUUCUUGCUAUUUAUAGACUGUCUCGCACAGAUGGCCAGGCAAUUCCCCGCCAAAUACGAGUACACAGACCUUCUUUUGCGGACCCUUGUGCUACACAUCGUGUGCAGUCCGAAUCCAACCGGGCCCUUCUCGUGCGACAACAAUCGAGAGCGUCACACAAGCCAGUUCGGAACGGAGGACGACUUUUGGGGGGAGAUCGGGGUGGAUCCAGAUACCUACACUAACCCGUGUUAUAGAUUUCAGGCAGAGGCUGCCUUACCUAUGCUGGGAUGUCAAGCGCUCGAGUUCUGGUCAGCGCUGUAUAGUCGGUGGGCCGAUGCGUCGCGCGAGUCAUAUAUGGCCUGUGAGGAGGUGUAUCCACACAGAAAAGAAUCGCUGGUGGAUAAAACGGAUAGACAAGUAUUGAAUGCAACAAAUGGGUUGAUGAAAACUAGGAAAGCGGAUUUGACGAACUUGUAUAGGCUCGAGGAGGAGAUGAUCAAGCAAUUAGAAAAUGUAGACCUCGACCUUGCCGCAGAGGUGUUGCAGAUAUGCCAAUCGGCCCCACACAGUAUCCCGUCAUUCAUCACAGCCACAGCCGCAGUUACCGGCCCUACAACAAGUAAUAAGGAAAAUACAGAGAACAUAGUUAAAGAUGUACCAGCAUCGGAGCACGCAAACCCCGUGAGAGCACCACGGUCUAUGGACCAAGCACGGAGUACCCAGUGCAGAGUCACGAACGAGGCGCAAUUUGACAGUGGCUCGGAGGGGAAUGGCAGAGUAGCCUCGCCUCUAUGUGGCGGUAAUAAGACGGUCGCGCAAAAAAUAGGGGUGGAUGGAUCUCGGAACAGGAGUAUGGUUGCCGACACACACACACACACACAGCGACACAGUAGUUUAAGUAAUAGCAAUGCACACGGUAGUAGUAGUCCAUCAAUUCCCCGAAGCGCGAGCACCAAUGGAGUGCAUCCCAUGGAUGCGCCCAUCCCAGUUGUCAUGACGACGGAUAGGGAAGUGAAGACAUCCACAUCUGCUGCCGCACAGGGAGCGAAAAAAAACCCCGUGAACAAUAUCUUCGAUGUGCGUUCACGGAGUGAAGCACAGCCGAGUCCUUCCAAGAGCCCUACCACGCGCGCAGGAAUAGCACCUAAUACCAAGGCUCUAGAUAUGAUGAAUAGACUGUCCCUGCAAACCGAGGUGGAUGAUGAAUUAACGUUACCGACAAAGCCUCCCGUGGCUUGUGUCUGUCACUCGCCGCUGUGCAUAUGUGACAUAUAA